UAUAAAUGAUCCGGGGGGGGCGGGGGGGGGAAGAAAAAUUUAGAAAGGAUAACAAUGCCGGGAGCAGACGAACUCUGUACAUGGCAACCUCACCAAGAGGUCGACAACGAUUGUAUCUUCGAAUGGGAUGAAAAUUCGCAGCUCUAUUAUCACUCCAGCUCUGGUUUUUAUUAUAAUCCAUAUGAAUGUUGGUACUACAGCAGCCGAUAUGGUUCAUAUUACAAAUUUGAAAAUGGGAACUAUGUUCCUCUCGGCUUGGAGAAUGAUCAGGCUAACCGGGUAGAAAUGUCUGUUGAUGUUGAAAUUCCCGGUUUAGAUUGCUUCAUCGACAAAAAGCAGGGUCUGUGUAAUGAUAAUCUUAGAGAAGAUUGUGAAGAUCCGGUAGAAAGGAUUGGAACAGCUUCUGUGGAAUGCUUGAAUGAUGACCUGGGAUAUGUCAAGAAUCAAACAACAGAAAGUCUGGCUCCACCAUCUGAAUGGCUAGAAGAUACUCUAAUCGAUCUUUAUUUGUCGGGCUACCCCAACCAAGCUGCCACAACUCCCUCUGAUGAGGUGCCUAUUGUUAAUUCCUUGGAUGCUGCCAAAGAUGGUGAAGAAGAAAAUGGUAUUUGCGGAUUAGAAGAAGGUGAAAGGAUAAUUGAUGACCAUCCUGGCUCUUGCGCUUCAAGCCAGAAAAUUACUGAUGAAGGUGUUUCCUUGGAAGAAGAGAAUUGGUUGGCACAAUAUGGUCAAGUCACUGAAGCAACUGAAAUUUCUGAUUUGGAUGCUCAAAUAGUGGAUUUAUGGGACUGGGAAAUCAUCAGAGAGAACAGAAAAGAUGGAAAGACUAUGGUAGUCAGAUUGGUUGGCCGACUGGUGAAAAGCCUGUCCAAGCUUCAUCCAUCAGUUUCAUCAGGCAGAGUUCGACUAAAAACUGCACCAAUUUGUGAAGCUCAUCUUGAUCUCAUUUCAGUUACAUCAGGCCAGAUGUACAGGCUUAGGAGGCCUAGCUUACAACAUUUGGCAUCUGUGUCGACGUAUGAUUCUGCAAAUCCAAGUAAGGAUUGGGGCUUUCCUCAGCUUUCAACCUAUAAAGGGACGCAGCAACCUCAUCAUGGCCACAAUCUUUGUUUUGAAUCUUCUGCUUCAGCCCAUGCAUUUAAGGAGGAAAAGCAACAAUAUCCAUAUAGGGAUAGGGCUGCAGAGAGAAGAGCUUUGCACGGUGGUUUUGGUGUUGGUCCUGGACAGAAGAAGGCAUUAAAUGCUGCUAGCUCAGCUCCAUCAUCUCCUACUUCAGAUUUUCCUGAAGCUGCGGCGAAGUCAAAUAGCAUUUCUUUUGGAGCAGGUAGCUACGCCAGAAAACUUCUUGAAGGAAUGGGGUGGAAGGAGGGUGAGGCACUUGGGAAAAGCACGAAGGGUUUUAUAGAACAACUGCAAGCGGUUGGAAACAAAGGAAAUGCAGGAUUGGGUUGGGAUAAUGGCAGAAAAAUGUCAUCCUGA